AUGGCCUUGGAAUCGGAGAAGCCCGACUGUGCCGCCGCAGUGAGCCACUGGAAGGACGCCGUCAGCAACUUCACUACAAUCCCUCCGGCGAAGAAUGACGAAGCGAAACUCUACGACAAACAGCAGAACAUUUCGUUUGUUGCCAUGUACAACCCUCAAGAGAAUGCCGCUGCUGACUGCCGCGUCGUUACCUGCACCCGAUCGGCAGCUCCCCAAUCCCCAGGAGAAGGCGGAGUAGGCGGCCUAAGCACUGGUGAAGGGAAGACAGGCUAUGCUUUACUGUGCAUGACCACACCUGAAGCUCUUACAGCGGAAGCAGCUCCCUUCAACGAAGAGCAGUGGAAGAAGAUCAAGGCAUCCAUCACAGGUUCAGCUUCUGCUGUCGCUCCGAGUCUGCUGGCCGUCGCUAUUGCGGCCGUUGGCUUGGUUGCCCUUUAA